AUGACCAGUCUUAGGCCACUGCUGCGCCUGGCCAGGGCUGCUGUCCCAGUGCGUCCCGCUGUUGGGGCAGUGCUUCAUUCACGCUUCAAGUACACUCAGCAUCAGGGCGUCAAGGGAAUAAGAAAUCGGAAGAGCUUCUUUGAAGCACAAAUGCAGGCGGGACAGCAGGGCGAUGAGGAUGACGAGGGAGAGGAUCGAACCAAUGGGAAUCUGUCUGACAUGCGCUUUCUGGAUGAUCGCGCUUACGAUGAGGUGGCCGGGGGUGCCAUGCGCAUUAGCCGCGACAUAGCCAGCGCCCAGCAUGUGCUCAUCCUCCAGCCGUUUGUAAAGUGGUCCGCCAAGAGGCAGAAAACGCCCAGCGUCGUUCGACCGGAGGAUCAGUUGGCCGAAGCCAGCGCUUUGAUACACUCCCUGCCCAAUUGGCAGGUGGCAAAGGCUCUCAAGGUCCCGCUGGAGAGUCUCGAGCGGAAGACGCUCUUCGGCAGCGGCAAAAUGGUGGAGCUGAAGGCCUUAAUAGCGGAUCUGCGUCAGGAGAAGCAUCUCACCUGCCUAUUUGUGAGCAAGGGCACGCUCUCGUUUGCCCAGAAACGUUUCCUGGAAGCAGAGUUCCGUCUGCCCGUGAUGGAUCGCUAUUCGGUGGUCAUACAAAUCCUCCGGCUGCAUGCCACCACCGCCGAGGCUCGUCUCCAGGUGGCCAUGGCCGAGCUGCCGUACAUUUGGUCGCAGGCCAAGGAUGCCAGCGUGACGCAGACGCGUCGUCAGGGCUAUGCCCUGACCGAUCUGCAGAAGGAAAUCCUGCGCACGCGGGAGCGCAAACUGUGCGCAGAGCUGGACAGGGUGCGGCGACAACGGCAGCUGCUGCGACAGAAACGCAAGCAGCAGAAUUACCCCAUUGUGGCAGUGGUGGGCUAUACGAAUGCGGGGAAGACAUCCCUGAUCAAAGCGCUGACGGUGGAGGAUGCCUUGCAGCCGCGCAACCAACUGUUUGCCACCCUCGAUGUGACGGCCCAUGCGGGACAGCUGCCAUGCAAUCUGCAGGUGAUCUACAUGGACACGGUGGGCUUCAUGUCCGAUCUGCCCACCGGUCUGUUUGAGUGUUUUGUGGCCACUCUGGAGGAUGCCAUGCUGGCGGAUGUCAUUGUGCAUGUCCAGGAUCUGUCGCAUGCCUGCCAUGCAGCCCAACGCAGCCACGUGGAGUCCACCCUUCGUUCUUUGGCCUUCAAUGUUUCUGGCGGUGAUCCCGCAACCAGCCAAUUGCCACCCAUCAUAAAUGUGUACAACAAAUGCGAUUUGGUGGCGCACCCAGCGUCGGAUGCUGCGGCUCAUCAUAUCUCAGCCAGAGCCCAGACCGGACUGGAGCCACUGCUGGCUGACAUAGAGGAGCAGAUACUGGCCGCCACGGGGCGACGCAAGCUGCAGAUGCGUGUGCCCAGCGGUGGGCCCGAAAUGGCUUGGCUCUAUAAGAAUGCCGCCGUUAUGGACACCGUGGCGGAUGAGGCAUACCCCGAUCGUCUGAUGAUGCAUGUGGUCAUCAGUCAGCGUACCCUGGACCAAUUCAAGCGGCAGUUCUUGUGAUCUUUCUAAAUUCUUUAUUAUUGCUCUGGUUUCUUGUUGAAUUUGUGUAGUUUAGGAUUGGUGUUGUUCACUUUUAAGUUCUAUUAUAAAUAUAAAAUUUGCUACCACAAAAAUAAAAUAAAAAGUAUCUA